GUUAUCUUUGAUGAAUUGGCAUAUUUAAUGUGCGCGCUAAUAAGCGCAAUGACGUUACGUAAAACGUUAGAUAAACGGUGGGAGACGUUACGUGAACGCCAUUCGGUCGCAUGUGAUCCGUUGGAAACGUUUGCUCCAAAGUGGAAAUAAAACCAUCUCUUAGAUAUGGAUUUUCAGUCCCUCUGGGGAGUCAUGCUCUGCGUCCUGCACGCCCAUGGCGCUGUACUUCCGUUCGGCGGCAUGUUCACGGUCGGUCCCGUAUACAACGUGGAGCCCAACACGGCGUUUCCGUUCGGCGACUUCGGCGCCCCAUCUCCACCGCCCGGUCGCUUCCUGCCUGUCGGUUUUCGACCGAAAUUCUACUACCGGCCCGGUAUGAGGCCCGUGAAUCUCACGUGGACCCCCCGCCGCCACUUCCCGUUCGAUCGCUUCAACCAGCAGCCGGUGUAUCGGGACCAUGCCCCUGUUGUCGUCACGCUGCCGAAAACGCCUAAAAAGAAAACAUCAGUAAUCAGCGGUCCCUUGAAGGAUGUGGUUCCGCAUCCCAAACCCCAACAUAACGCAAACAAGGAAAAGAAGCGUGCGAGGAUGCGAGCGGUGGCUUCGGCAAAAAGCUUUCCUGGCAAUCUGCAGAACACGGCUCUGGAAAUCAACCUGUUGCAGCAAUAAAGCAUUUUAUACAUUAAAUAAAGUAUUUCAUUGAAUUUAUAAUUAUAGUCUUUCAUUCGAACAAUGCCUAGAUUCGGACAUCGAACCCUAAGAAAUUCUUGACUCUGUAAUCGAUGGACUAAUCAUAUGAACAGAACUGCAUUUCCGGUAAACUUGAUCUAGUCAGUCACUCUAAAAAUGUUCAUUUCACGUAAAUAAUCAAUCUCCUCGAGUUGUCGUGCCAUGCUCUCACAUACAAUCUUUGCCAUCACAAGAAAAUCGUUCCAGAUUUGCUAGGAUUUUAGUUUCUUUUAUUAAGUAUUGUAUUAUGAAAAGUAGUAUCAUUUUCUUUUAUAUUUUGAAAAUAGCGUAUAAGUUGAGGUUCAAAAUAUUUAAUUCAUUAACUUAUCGAACAAAUAACAACAAUUAAAGUAUUUACCACGUGGCUAGGCUAUCAUCACGUGGUUGGUUAUGAAGGCAGGGAUUUGAUCCAGCAAUGCUGGUCCCAAUAACAUCUCGGCGCGAAGAUUGUUAAAUAAUUUGCUCAAUGGAUACCAGUGAAAGGGUGGGGCUUAUUCCUCUCAGGAUAUGGCCUUUUUAUUUCGCACGUUUGAGUGUUUGAUAACAGUUUUCGUAAUUUCUUAUUAUAAUGGUCAAGAAUGGAAACCCAAAAAAAUAAUCCUAUCAUGUGCAUGUGAACUGUUGGUGUUUUGGUGUUUUUCGGAACCUUUUCUGUGGAUGCAAAAAAGGUAUACAUCUAUCCUUAUUGUCUUUCUUAUUUGGUCAGUUUCCAAGGUUUUACCAUGCGCAAAUCAAUCGUUUUUUUGUUAAUAUAUUGAAACUAAAAAUAGGGAUGGUUGCUGUUUUCUGCCGGUUUCAAUGUAGUCAUUUUUUUCGACAUUUUGUAGAUCACUCAUUGGAUGUGGUUUUAAUAUUCAUUACAUUACACGUUUAAAGCUUUUGUGUGAAUAUUUAACACGAUUUCGAGUUUCCAUCUAGUGCGUUGCAAUGCAUAUUAAAAUAACAACGGAUUCCAUCUAGAUCUGUGUAAUAUUUUCGUGAUCUUUAAAACAUAAUGUUUAAACAUUGCAUGGUUUUGAUGUUAAGUUAAUAAUAUUGACACAAUAUUGUCUCAGUGAUUUGGAUGCUACAAGAUAUAUUCCAUGUAUAGUGUUGUAUUUGUAUCUAUUUAUAUUUAUAAAAUCGAACACAUGUCACCUCAUACAUUUAUGGAUAUAUUAGGGCAUAUACUUUUCAUGUUUACGCGCUUAUGUUGAAAAAUAAUUUAUCAAAUUGUUUGUCUUCAGGUAGCCAGCAUUGCUUUGUAUAUCGUGGUUUUGCAUACAUUCAUAUAUUUUCAGCCAAUAUAAUAUAAUGUAAUCAUACUCACAUAUUUAUUCGUGACCGUGUUUAUAUUUAAAAUGGCUUGAACUUUUCUUUUAUGAAAUUAGGUCAAGCCACACAAAAAUAAUCUAUCUACUAUGUAACUACAGCUUAACACAUACAUAUAUAUACUCGCGGCCCAUAUCUGAAUGUAAAUACCAUGUAACUAUUUGUUAUGCGCUUAUCAUGUUGAAGUUUCAUGUUAAAAUAUCGCUGCUUUUGUUUUACAUGUCAUCAUGUAUAUUUCAUGCGUCCAUCGUUUUAUCAGAGGUAAGAUCUACUGUCGACAGUGUAAUAUUAUGCAAAAGCAUGACAAACAUAAACGAAUAAGUUAGAUUUAUUUACCAUAACGUUAAACAUGUGUAUAUUGUGUAGUUGUUUUGUUGUUAUUAUUUCCGAUUUUUCUAGGUAAGACACUGAAAGGAAAUUCAUCCUCAAAAUGUAAUGCUCAAUUCAUUUUUGUUAAAAUACAUUAAGAAAGCAAAUAACAGCGGCAUUCUCUUCUUUAUUUAUGGAAUCAAAUAAAUCAAUAAAUAUUCCCCCAAG